AUGGACAUAAAGGCUGUAGACACACUGCUGGAUCUUUCUAUAAAGAGUCUGCUGAGUAAUGAGUCUGCAGCUAUCCAGGCCUUGGGAGAACUCCCCAUAGACCUCUUUGUUCCAUUGUUUACUGCUGCCUUCUUGGGAAGACAGAAGGAGGUGCUAAAGGCAAUGGUGAGAGUUUGGCCAUUUCGAUGUCUGCAUAUUGGGGCACUGCAUCCACAAGAGUCAAACUAUGACAUCAUGGAAGCCAUGGUAGAUGGUCUGCAACUCCUCCCUGCCCAAGCCUCUUCCUCAAGGGGCCCCAAACUAAGAAUUCUUGAUUUAAGGCAAGACCCAGAAUACAGAAUAACAUGCUCUUACAGGGCCAAGUAUCCUGUAUGUUUUCUGUCUUGUAUAUAUUCUCAGCACUCCAUUCUUAAUGUAGAAGAAGCAGGGCUUAAUGCCAGGUUCCGUGGAAAGGUUACAACAGACUCUAGGUCUCAAUCAGCCUGGGAACCCGUGGAAUUAUUAGUAGACCUUUCCUUCAAUAGUGUCUUGAGAACAAAGCAAUUUAUUUCUUUCCUGAAGACUAAGAUUGAACAGAACUUCGGGUUAUUGCACCUCUGCUGCAGAAAUUUGCAAAUAGAUAACCUCUCUGUGCACAAAAGUAGCCUGCAGAUUGUGAAUAUGGUGUGCACUGAUAGCCUCAAGUUGGAGAGGGCUCAUCUGAGGGAUGUCACCACCCUUUUGUCUCAGUCGAAUCACCUGCAAAAUCUCAUCCUGUCUGAUAUCAAAUUCAGAUCAUGUAAGGGGAAAAACUUCAAAAUUUUUCUCACCUGUCUUGGGAAGCUUUACAACCUUGAGGAGCUGAGCUUGUCUUUCUUCUGCCUCACCAACCAACUGCACAAACUACUCAGAGUCCUGAAACCUCAGUUGAAUAUGCUGAUUCUCACUUUCUGUGGUCUUUCUAACAGAGAUAUCAUUGCCCUAUCACAGAGCACUCAGGCCACAAGUGUAAAGCUACUGAAACUAAGUAACAACCAGUUAAUCUGGGGAUUUCAUGAACCAUUGAUAAAUCUGCUUGAGAGGGUGUCAGGAACCCUGCAAUACCUGGAGAUAAACAACUGCCAAAUCACUGACUCUAGUCUCUUUGCUAUCCUCCCAGCACUAUGCCAGUGUUCUCACCUCCGUAUUUUUAGUUUUGCUUGCAAUAGCAUUACUGUGCCUUUACUCAUGACCCUUGUGCAAAACAUAACAACCUUGACGGAACUGAAGUAUGUGAGUUAUCCUGUUCCUUUGGAUUGCUAUGAACAACGGGAUUUUAAUGGUAAUUUGGACGAAGAGAAACUUGCUGAAGUACAGGCCCAAUUGAAGUUGAUGCUACAGGUGGCACAGCGGGAAGACAUGAAGUGGUUUGCUUUUCCUGUGUGA